AUGGAAGAUUCAAAUAAACUUUCGCCGAUUUUUAAAAAAUCUGAUAGUAUGGAUGCAAAAGAGACAUCUACAGUAGAUAGAAAAUGGGUUGCAUUAACAGCCUACCAACCAGUUGAUGUUGUUACAAAGACUGUUGAAGUUCCAAUUAUUAAAACGGUAGAAAAAUUUGUCCCAAAAACUAUUAUACAAGAAAAAAUUAUCCAUGUCCCAAAAAAUGUUACACACGUUGUUGAGAAAAUAGUGGAAGUCCCAGAAGUUAAAUAUAUUGAGAAAAUAGUUGAAGUUCCUCACAUACAUUACAAAAACAAAUACGUUCCAAAAAUUGAAGUAGUAGAAAAGAUUGUUGAGCGCCAGAAUAUUAUCGAAAAAUGGCAUGACAAAAUUGUUGAGGUACCUCAAAUCAAAGAAGUUGUUAGAUUUAAAGAAAUCGAAGAUGCAGAGGAAGUUAUAAAAUAUGUUCCAAGGAAUUCUAAGCACAUUAACUGGGAAGAAGAGUACAAAAAAUACUCUCAAAGACAAAGUGUACAAAGAUAUAGUAUGGAUAAUGGUUCUUAUCAGAAAAAAAUGAGUUUAUAUAAUGAUUAUAAUGAAAACGCAUAUACACAAAAUGCAUAUAGUAGAAGUCUUGAUUUUAUGAAAAAUCAAUCAAGCUUAAAUGAACAAAAUAAUUUAAGGAGUGAAGAUUUUUCACAACUUAAUUUAUUAAAUCAAUAUAGUUCAAGAGGUAUUGGCAGUUUCGAUCAACAACGAAGCAUUCCUGCAUCCAGUUUUGAUGUACGCGGAAGUUUACAAUUGAAAAGAUUACCAUCUGAGGAAGCUAAACCUGUUGGUUGUUGUACAACUGUUUGCAGGUAA